AUGUCUUCCUCAAGUGUGUGCCAAGGCUUGCAAUCUUGUCUCGAACCCCGCGUGAUUGAACCACGUGUACUUAGCCUCAAGCUCGCACCACCCAACUUUUCUCAACCCUCUGCCUCUGCCAUAACCAAAACCAACACAGUUUCUUCACCCUCAAACUCUGAGAAACCCCUCAUCAACAAUGAAUGUGACACAAAGGACACAAUUCCCAACGUGGGUGGUUGGAGUUUCCUUCAAUCUCUCUCUCACUGUAACAACAAAACAGAGGAACAAGUCUAUGUCCACCCCACCGUUAAGCGUUCCUCUUCAAUGCUGAGUGAAAAGAGCUUGGAAAUGUGCACUGAAAGCCUUGGAAGCGAGACUGGUAGCAAUGCUGGUGAAAGCAGUGAUGAAAUUUCCUUGUUUUACUUUGACACUAGCAACACCACUACUCUUAACACCAAUUGUGAAUCUAAAAGGGUGAACAGAGCUUGCAACUUUCCACCACCAUUGACUUCAAUCACUGAUCUUGGUGGGGUUCAUGUUAUGCCUCGUCGUGAAGGUGGAAGGCUUAUAUUGGAAGCUGUUGCUUCUCCUUCCCCUCGCCCUUAUUUUCAUGCAGAGCGUGGUGAUGGAAGGCUCAGGCUCUCUUUGUUUGAGAGUUUUUCUGUUUCUGAUGGUGAAGAAGAAGUGGGUGAUAGUGAAGAAGGUGUUGAUGAGGAAGAUGAAGGUGAAAAUGAGAAGAAGAAAGAAGAAGGAGAAGGGUGUGGUGAAGAAGAUAAUGGGGUAGAGGAUGAGUUGGAAGAGUGUGUUGAGAACGUGGAAGGUGAAAUGGGAGUGAAAAAGUUCGCAAGGCCAAGAAGCAGGUGCAAGCAAAGUGGGAAUAGAGACAUUUUCGGUGAUGGCUUAGCUAAUUUGAGCUUCCCUCUGUUUCUCUCUGUCUCUGAAUAG